AUGCCUCUCCGCGCCAAAGUGACAAACCCAGCAUUCGGGGCUGCUGCCAAGAUGUCGACUGCCCCCGAACUCCCCAAGGAGCUCCCUGGAGACGAGCCCGACGAUGUCCUCUUCAAUUCCCUCUACGGCGUGCGGUUGAUUGAGCUCAACAGACCCAAGAAGCUGAACUCGUUGAACGGCUCGAUGGCACGGAAGAUCCUCCCCCGGUUGAAGGAAUGGGAGAAAUCUCAACUUGCGAACAUCGUCAUGCUGUCCGGUGCUGGUACAAAAGCUCUCUGCGCAGGAGGUGACGUUGCUGCUCUGGCUCUGCAGAAUGAGAAGGGCCCGGAAGGACAACAGGCGUCGGCCGACUUCUUCGGCCUCGAAUACCGCCUGGACCACGUUAUCGCUACGUACACAAAGCCGUUUAUCUCGGUGAUGGAUGGAAUCACCAUGGGCGGCGGUGUUGGCCUCAGCGUGCACGCCCCCUUCCGCAUUGCGACCGAGCGUACUGUCUUCGCCAUGCCCGAGACGACCAUCGGAUUCUUCCCGGAUGUCGGCGGCUCUUUCUUCCUCCCCCGUCUCGACGGUGAAAUCGGAACCUACUUGGCCUUGACCUCGGAGCGUCUGAAUGGCGUGCAAGCACUUUACGCUGGUGUCGCCACACAUUACCUGCAUUCCAGUGUUCUCAGCAACCUGACAGCUCGUCUGUCGGAGCUGGUCUUCCGGGAUCAGGCAUCGCUUCCCGAGCGCUUGGAUCUGGUCAACAAGACCAUGGCCGAGUUUUCUAUCGGCCUCCCAUCUCUGGAGCAGGAGCCCAUCCACCUCGCUGGUAGCCUGCGCAGCGCCAUCGAUCGCUGCUUCGGCCACAGCACGAUUGAGGAGAUAUUCAAGGCUCUCGAGCAGGAAACGGUGCAGAAGGAGUGGGCCCAGAGAACCCUGGAGACUCUGUCCAGCCGCUCGCCCACCUCGCUGAAGGUGACUCUGCGCCAGAUGCGCGUGGGCAAGCAGUGGACCAUCUCCGAGACGUUCCAGCGGGAGUACCAGAUUGCAGCCCAGUUCAUGAAGCAUCCCGAUUUCGUCGAGGGUGUCAAGGCCCGCCUGAUGUCCAAGCCUCCUCGUCAGGCUACAUGGCAGCCCGCUACCCUGGGCGAAGUCACCAAUGACGCCGUCGAUGUGUUCUUCAAGCUUCCCGAGGGCGAGUCCCGGCUGUCCCUCUUCAACAAGAUCAACUACAAGCAAUACCCCCACGCCUAUGGUCUCCCCAGCGAGGCUGAAAUUGAGAAGUUUGUCCGAGACAGCUCGGAAUCCGCCAACAAGACCGUUUCGGAGUUCGUGCAGAAAUGGGGUCACAAGGAGGGAGUCCGGGAGAAGGUUGCGGAGGUUCUGGCUAGGCGAACAGUGCAGACUCCUGAAGGUCUGCGAUGGGAGUAA